UAGGAGGGAGGACACACAAACUCUGACGUGUCCUCAAGUUCAAUGGCCACUCCCCCCGAUUCCAGUCUUUGAGAUUUGCUAGGACGGAUAAGUGGAUAAGUGAGAUAAGUGGGGGUGGGUAGGGUGUGGAAGUGUCUGGACGGCCCGACGGGCUCGCUGGACGAUGAUUUCGACCAUGAAACACGCAUCCCAAGCAUAAAGCGAGUGUAUAGAAUAGAGAGAGAGCUGCUGUGAGAGAGUCAUGUCGAAUGCUGCGAGCACCGUCGCUCACUUGACUCCUCCAACUCCAACCUCCCUCCCGACUGUUAAUACUUGGUCCUCUGCUGCUGCCUCCUUGCUCCAUUGUUAGGACAGUCCGCCACGCAGCAGCCACCACAACGCCAUCACCACCACCAGUCGCCAUUUUCUCCAGCUCGACGACACAAAAUUCGCCUACCUCCGUCUCUCUCUCACUCCACCUUUACACUUGACCCGCACGCAGCAGAUAAGCAGUGACGACGAGGUCAGACGGUUUGGAUACACAGAGAAGGACCAUAGUCAAGAUUGAGAAGACACGACCCGACCGGGUGGGAUCGACCAAGAUGGGAUCCGCCCAACUUUUCUCUCUCCGAUGGAACAAUUACUCACACCACAUCACAAAUGCCCUUGAUGACCUACGGGCGGAAGACGAACUUACUGAUGUCACCCUCUGCGCCGAGGGCAACAAAAUACGAGCUCACAAAUUACUUCUUAGCGCUUGCUCCACAUUCUUCAGAGAAACAUUUCGGGAGAACCCAUGCCAGCACCCUGUGAUAAUACUGAAAGGUGUGAGUUUCACCGACCUUCAGGCCGUGGUUACGUUCAUGUACAAUGGCCAAGUCAACGUGACUCAGGAACGGCUCUCUUGCUUUCUCCAGACUGCAGAAAUGUUACAAAUUAAAGGACUCACCGACAUGAAUGACAACAAACAUGACAACCACGAACUGGAUGUCCCUUUGCGUGGUGUGGGCGGUCACGUCAACAGUAACCAUACGUCAUCCAAGAAGAGAAUGAACAAUGUCGAUUCUCGAUUACAUGCUUUUCCUGAAACACUGCAACAACAACAACAACAGCAACGACCUCCCACCCCCAAACGAAGAAAGUUCAUUCCUUCUGCUCCGUCGGCUGGGCAGGGUGACACGAAUGCGGCCGGAAACGCUUACAACAAUUCUCCAGGACCUAGUGGACCAAGUGCAGCAGUGAAUAACAACUCUGGAGGAGGGGGAGAAGGGACUGAUGUUGUUACUGCGGCUACUGCUGCUGGUCAGACUGCUCUUCAAUCUGCCAUAACUAAUACAGACUCAAACUCGGCAGACGACGACUAUGAUGGUGGUGUCGACGGAUCUGCGGUUGGACUGGCUGGAAUGCUCAAAUAUGAACACGACCUUCAGGACGAUGGGGACGGCGGAGACGGCCUCCUUGGAGAUGACGAGGACGAAUAUCGAAAUAACUUGUCCGAAGAUGGUGACAAUUCCAUGCUAGAUUAUACGAAUAUGGAGCAAGGUGCUAUCGAUUCAGACAUAGGCGGAGGUACUAUGGGGCCUUCUGUCCUUGGCUAUGAGGGCUCCUCCCCCACGGCUGCAGAAGAAGAGGGAGAAGAAGUCAUGAUCCUCCAGGGGGCUGCCGGGUACGACGUUGUGGCCUACAAUAAUGAGUCCGACGACGUCAUGCCCAUUCUCUCACCAUCCAUUUCACUCACGUCCUCCUCCUCCUCCUCCAACCAACCACAUCAUCUCAAGGUGGGAGGAAGCCACCAUCAUGGUCAUCACGAAAACAAGGUCACCAUUCGACCCAUCCUCAACAAAGCAACCCACUCCUCGUCCCCCUCCUCCUCUUCCGCUUCGUCGCAACAACAACCCAUCCCUAUUCUCACCUCCACCUCCCACAUCAACAUUCUACGCAGGAAGCGCCCACUCUUCGACGACCCCGCCGAAUUGGUGAACCCACUCGCCGCUCUUGAUAACAAUGCUGCAUCCAGUUCUCGUGCCUCCUCCAAAGCCAUCUCUCCCUUUGUGGGAGAGGCCAUGAUGGACCAAGAGACUGGGGAAAUCAUGUUCCCGUGCUUAGUGUGUGACAAAAAGUACAAACUCAGGUCAUCACUCGAGUCACAUGUCAAAGUGCACGAGGGGACGGAAAACACGUGCCCCAUUUGUUUUCAAACUAUGUCACGUCAAAGAGACCUAAAGCGGCACGUGGCGACCGUGCAUCGAGGCCUGUUGAUGGCAGACGGAAGCAUCACGUACCCUCCAGACAUCGACCAACUUGUACCCAUGAGGGCAAGGAAGGGGAGGACGAGGCGGUCCGACGGGAUGGUUGCGUGGGCGGAACAGGAUCCAAAUAACAGCAGCGACUACUACACGAUGGGAGAUGUCGUCAUCAAGCCAGAGACUAGUUAAGCUGAGAAUGAUUCCGGUUAGAUCGUACAUCCGUUACUACUGCUGAUAUCAGUACAUCAGUACAUCACAAUAGAUGCUGAGUUAACUGUUAAGUGGAGUAAAAAUGUAUCCUAAUGUUAGGAAGAAGAACAUUUCACACUUGUUAUCAUAAUAAGUAGUAAUAGUUCAUAUAAUGACAUAAAUCAUAUAAAUAUGUCGAUCGUGUCGUCGUCAUUGGUAGUCUCAGCAUCAUGAUAUCGCCAUCAAGUCAGAGUUGGGUCUAUCUACUUUAUUUUAGAAACAAAAAUCUACUCGUCCUUCUGUCACGCCCAAAGCUUGCUUGCUGCAUACACAUAUAUUUAUCUGCAUUAAUUAAUGUCUAUGUAUUGGGAAUGGUGAGCACUGAUAGAUCUCACAUAAAUUAAACCUCUAUAUAUAUAUAUUUAUUUGUAAACAACAGUCUAAUCAAUUAAUGUCCGUACUAGUAUUAUUAUAUCUGCUCUUUAUCUAGCUUUGCAUUGUUGUUGUUAAAAAAUAAACCAAAUUUUUGUGAAAUGUA